AGCUGCUGCUGCUUGUUACUUGGAGUUUUCUAGAAUUCAACCGAUAAACAUGCAAAGGCUCAGACUUGAAUUAGGCCGUUUAAGCUUCGUGUYUCACGGAUUGGCCAACGCCGGAUGCUUUUUGUCCAGCUGUCCUGCGACGUGAAACUGGACCCCCGACCUGAAUACCACCGCUGCAUCCUGACCUGGCACCACCAGGAGCCGCUGCCCUGGGCCCAAAGCACAGGGAACCAGGUGUCCAGCCGCCUCAUGUCCAUGCGGAGCGCCAACGGGCUGCUGAUGCUGCCGCCCAAGACCGAGCAGUACGUGGAGCUGCACAAGGGCGAGGUGGUGGACGUCAUGGUGAUCGGCCGGCUAUGAUGCAGACCUUCGCGUCACCUGCUCCCGAUCACCGUGGCAACACCAGGAGACGUCUCACCUGGACAGGAAGGGCGUGGUUGGCGGGGCAGGAAAUGAUGCAUGUCUAUCUGGUGGCCAUUAGCUGUGAUGUCAUAUGCAACAGCCAAUCGGAGCCAGUGCAGGCUGAAUCCUCUCUGAGGAGCUCGCUGUACUCCAACAGAGAAAAAAUGUGAAAAAAUAUAUAAAAGAAGAUUUAUUCUGUAAUAUUAUUAUCCUAAUAACAAUUAAUAUUCUUAAUUAAUAUUCUAUUUAUUAUUAUUGCCAUGGUUCUGGUUGGAUAUUCUCACCUCAGUAGUCUUCAUCUCCUCUUCAUUUGCUUUGUGCGUUUUACCUGGCAGGUAAACACUAGAGACUCCUCCUCCUCUUCCUCCUCCUCUUCCUCCUUCUCUUCUUCUGUUUCUGCUCCCUCCUUCAUCACAUAGAAACCAUUGUCCAUGAUGAAGAUGAUGAUGAUGAGUGGGAACCGUCCACUUCCUGCUGGAGCUCCACAGUGUGCCACGAAAUAAAAACAUCAAGGCUGAUGUUCAGAAACACCAAACAGUGGAAGCCAYGAGCAAAGCAGAACCGGUCCGGAACCGGGUUCCGGGCCCGGGUCUGGGUCGGGUCGCUGUCAGAACCGGCCGGUUGGAGCAGCAGCUGCUCUCCGUCAAACAUCUUCCUAGAGCUUGAUGCCACAGGAAACACUAUGUAUGGAAGAAUAUAGAAGCAAAAACCGCAGAAAUAAUAACAGAUGAAGAGAAAUAAAAGAAACCCGUAUUUUUAUUUCAUUGCUUUCUGUCAGUUUGUCUAAAUUUAUUUAUCUAAUGUGUCUAAUUUAUUUGCCGAAUCCUUAGCUGAUUCUGCUCUUUAUUUAUGAUGAUAAUAUUUAAAACCUUAAAUUCUGUUAAAAAAGAAGGGGAUCUAAACUGGCUUCAGUUUUUGCAUGACUCCUCUAACUGAUCUCUCUUUACUUUUCCUGCUUGAUCUUUUGGUCGUUUUUACAGAAGUGGAGUUUUCUGUGGCACCACCGGCUCUCCGUACACUUCUGACUUUAGAUGAGCCAGUCAGUAGCUUCCAAACAUCCAAAAKAUCAGUUAAAUCCAGAAAACGGGAAAGCUUUUCAUUGUGACGUUUUAUGAUUGCCGUCCCGGCCACUAGCAACCCAACAGAACCGUAGAACUCUGCUGCUCCGGUUCAGGACUACACUGUGUGUUUCUACCUAAUGGUGCUUCGUCUAGAAAAACAAGUCAGAACCUUUUUAAGAUUUGAAGAAACGCUCUGACUGCAUCCUUCACAGUUCUCUGAAAAAUUAAAUGUCAUUUUAUUAAGUUUGAWUUUUCGACACUUAAGRUUUUCCAUAYRGAAAUAAUGGAAAUAAAACUGAAAAAUGCCCAAAGCGUUAGAAAAAGUACCUCAUUUAAAAAUCAAGAACAAAGAAUGGUUUUCUUCUCUUGUUUUUGACAUUUUUUCUUCUUUAUGUUUCAUUAUAAAUAUAUUUUAUUUUUUGAAUAAAUGUCCUGAACUAUUGGCAAAUUCAACAAUUCAAAAGAUUCUCCUUAAAAUAUUGAGAUAAUUUAAGCAUCUUUUUUUUUUUGCUUCAAGUUUCAUGAUAAUUUUAUUUUUGUGGCAUCUCAGGUGUUCCAUACAGAGUUUUGGAGAGUUUGAUACGGACUAAAAUCAUUUCCAGAUUAGAUGCAGAUAAACAUUAAAGUCCCACAUUCAUUAAACCUUCCUCUUCCUCUUCCUCUCACUCUUCCCCUCAGUGCCAAACCCUGUCAAAGGUCAGCUGCUCUGCGCUGCAUUCAGGGUCCCAUAUUGUGGUGAGGGCCCCGCGAUGCGUUCAGGGCCCCGYGWUGCCUUCAGGGCCCUGUGCUGUGUUCAGGUUCCUGAACUACUGUAGUUUUUUCCAAAUUAUGUUUCUAUYGUUUUUCGUGGUUUGCUGAAAUGUUCUGAURGAUUCUGAGGAUCUUUUGCCCUGCAGAAUGUCUGACCUUUGACCCUUCCUCUCAUCAUGGACCCUGCAUGCCGUACCGAGGGGCGUUUCUUUCUAGAUGGGCAGGUGCGGUUCCAGGUCCGGUGCAGCACCUGGGCAGCGUUCCCCAUCAUUUCUGAUUCAGAAACUUCCCAGUUACCUCAAAUGCACCGCAGUGAUUUUUGCUGCUCGUGCUGCGUUCAAGUCACAGCAGACCGGAGGACGCCUCAUUAAUUCUGGGAAGGAUAUUUAAAUUAAAUGUCAAUAAAAACGAAACACUUUCACUUUAGUUUUCCCACAUUGGGCAGCUCAUGGGUGUGGAAAUUCCAUGGUGACUUGGACGCAGCACGGCGCCUGCCUGAGGACCAAUCAGGAAGCGGCAGCAGCGGUUGUUGUGAAACUGCCUUUGAACGGAGGAAACACUGGAGUCAGUGUCUGCACACGAUCCACAUGACCAGCACUUCCUGAAGCAAUGACAGCCUUCUACUGUAAAACACUGCAGGAGGAUUUCUGUAACAUUACUGAAACUGAAUUAAAGAUGAUCCUGAUUAUUCUCUA